AUGUACUCCAUGAGAGACUCCAUGUUCUCCAUACCCGGCUCCGGAGGCAAGAUCACAGGAUCUUGGGAUCUUGAAAACCACAUAGCGCAUGACUCCUACUUUGGAUUAUAUCCAGAGCUUUUGCAAUCGGAUUGGGAUCGGUUGUGUAAAUGUGGCAGAAGCGAGCGCUUGGUGGAGUCACCCACAGGUGAAACUUAUUUUGUCAAGUGGUACAUGCAACGCUGCUCGACUAGUGGGAUGGCGCUUACGGAGCGGUUCUUGGUGUUCAAGGUGUUUAAAAACGAAAUGACAGUACACACUACAGAUAUUGGAGACCUCUGUAUUUUUCUGUGUUAA